GCAAGCAUAUAAUCAAGACUUGCUUGCGUUCGCGGAACAAACGAACGAACACAAAAAUUGGGUAUCUAGGCAGGCACACACAUAUAGAGACAUCAUCUCUGCAAAGGCAGCCAGGAGAGGCGAUCAAACUAGCUCCACCUGUGCUCAGUUCGUGGCCUACCUCUAUGGACACUGAAGCACAAUGGCAUGGAGCUCCAAACUGCUCCAGUCUUGCGCUGCAUCGUGGCGAGGAAAUGCUAAAUCAAACGAUGUUGAUGCAAGUAAAAGUGCUCAACGUCUUCAAUGUCAUCUUUGUCGGAAUUCUAGUUGGAAUUGGCACUUACAUGCCUCACUACCGUCACAGACCUGUUAUUCGCUUCUUUUUUCUGGGAGCCGCUGCCUUGUUACUGCCAAGCAUCUCCUAUGUCGUCUCCAAUGGCUCCACAAAUGCAUCCACCCAUACAGAUCUGAGCAGAAUUUUUCAACUGACAGAUGGUAGCUACGAAAACCUCUCGCUCAGCUGCAUCUCAGAUAUGCACUUGCUCCUAACCCUAUUAUGGGUAGGCCUUGCUCAAAUUAUUGCGAUCAAUACCAGUACAAUAGUAGCUGCUGAUGAUAGAGAAGGUCGAAACAAUGGUCUCCCUGUGCAACUACUUGCGCAAGCAAUGUGGACCUCGUACCUUGCGCUCUACCAGUAUGAUCCGUUUCGCAGCUUACCACCUAUCUUUGCUCUUUUCUUUGCAAAAAUGGUGCUUAAACAUUUUGCAUUUUGGAUGGCCCGACGUUCUUUGGCUCAUGGACGCAACCCUCGCCUUAUUGUUGGAUACAUGAUGCAGUUACAUGAGAAAAUACAGCAUGCUGAACCAAUAGUUGAACUACAGGUAGCAAUAACAAGUGAGCAAUUGCAAGAGGAAAGACAACAAGUUGAACAAAAGCUAGAGACAACAUCUGAGCAAUCACAAGAGGAAACCCAGCAUGGUGUACCAGCAGUUGAUAAACACAGAGCUAUUUUAUCUUCGGAAAAAAAAACACAGAGCUAUUUUAUGCAAUCAAGAGGGAAGCCAGCAAGAUGAGCAAUUCCAAUUGCUUCCUCCGC